UUUUGGGGCUGCACCCAAGCAUUUUGUCCAUUUUUAUUUUUUUGCAACUCCCGUUUUUGGGGGCCGUUUUCGGGGAGCAUCUUUCCCGAGAUCCCCCAGCGGAGUGCCCCCGAGGCUCGUCCGCCCGGCCGGCCGCAGCCCCCCGAGGCCAGCCCGCCCGCCUGCCCCGCGGCGCGCCCCCGCCGCCCGAGAGAUGAGCAUUGAGACGCUUCUGGAGGCGGCCCGCUUCCUGGAAUGGCAAGCGCAGCAACAACAGAGAGCACGUGAGGAACAUGAGAAACUUCGGCUGGAGCGGGAGCAGGAGCAGAAGGCCAGCACCACGCGGGUUAAUCAUAUGCUGCCCCCUGAAGAACCCCGGAUUGAGGCCCCCCCACUUCCCUUGUCCCCUCCAGCUCCACCACCUGCACCUCCACCCCCUCUGGCCACCCCAGUGACUGUCAUCCCCAUCCCUGUGGUGACAGGCUCCCCACAGCCGAUGCCUCCCCCUCCCCCUCUCCCACUGCCCCCUGCCCAGCCGCUAACCCUAGCCCCACGACAGCCAGCCUUGGUCAGUGCACCUGGACUCAGUAUCAAGGACCCCAUCCCCCCACUCCCCAGGCCACCAGCCACUGCCACCCCACUCCUGCCGGACUCGAAGGGCACCGCCGCACCCACAGGCAGCCCCAAACCCCUGCAGCCCUUCCCCACACCCAUCCUGACCAUCGCCCAGCACCAUGUGGUCCAGCAGCCCAUUCAGCCCCAGCUGCCACCCCCACAGCCACCUCCACCACCAACACUUGCAGCUCUGAAGUUGGCGCCGGCUGAGGAGGUGAAGCCCAUCGAACAGAAGAAGCGGCCCGGGGGGAUCGGGACCAGGGAAGUCCACAACAAACUGGAGAAGAACAGGCGGGCCCAUCUGAAGGAAUGCUUUGAGACUCUGAAACGCAACAUCCCCAAUGUGGAUGACAAGAAAACCUCCAAUCUAAGUGUCCUCCGCAGCGCCCUGAGAUACAUUCAGACGCUGAAGCGGAAAGAGAAAGAGUAUGAGCACGAGAUGGAGCGGCUGGCCCGGGAGAAGAUCGCCACGCAGCAGCAGCUGACGGAGCUGAAGCAUGAGCUGAGCCAGUGGAUGGACGCGCUGGAGAUGGAGCGGGUGCUGCGGCAGGCGGGGCAGCCCGAGGACGACCAGGCCUCCACUUCCACUGCCUCAGAAGGCGAGGACAACAUGGAUGAAGACAUGGAGGAUGACCGGUCAGCCUUGGGGCUACCCAAGCUGAGCCAGCGGCCACAAGCCGAGCUGCUGAAGCCGGCCACCCUGCCCCCGAGCGCGGCCCCGGCUGCCACGGCCCCUCACUCCCACCCCGCGGCUCUGCAGCAGAAGCCCCCCCCUCCAGCAGCUGCGGCCCAGACCCUGGUGUCGGCCCCCGCCCACCUCGUGGCCACGGCGGGAGGGGGCUCGACGGUCAUCGCUCACACGGCCACCACCCACGCCUCAGUCAUCCAGACUGUGAACCACGUGCUUCAGGGCCCGGGGGGCAAGCACAUCGCCCACAUCGCCCCUUCGGCCCCCAGCCCCGUGCAGCUGGCACCUGCCACGCCCCCCAUCGGCCACAUCACUGUCCACCCCGCCGCCCUCAACCACGUGGCCCAUCUGGGCUCCCAGCUGCCCCUGUACCCACAGCCGGUGGCCGUGAGCCACAUCGCCCACACCCUUUCCCACCAGCAAGUCAAUGGCACGGGCGGGCUGGGGCCGCCAGCCACGGUCAUGGCCAAGCCGGCUGUGGGGGCCCAGGUGGUCCACCACCCCCAGCUGGUGGGCCAGACGGUCCUGAACCCGGUGACCAUGGUCACCAUGCCAUCCUUCCCCGUCAGCACCCUGAAGCUGGCCUGAAGGGGGCGUCGCUCGGAGGUCCCUGGCACCCUUCCCACCAAGCAGCUCCACACAUUCCAGCCCAGCCCCCUUCCCCGCCCUCAGGGGAAGGGCCGGGGGGGCAGAGACUGAGCCCAGCGGGAGAAGAGAAGGGCGCCGACGAGGCUCCCGCUCCCAGCUGGGCCAGGAGGGCCCGGGGGCCCCGGCCUGGGCCUGCCGCCUUUGGACUUGAGAAAAAACUCCAGAGACACUUUGGUGAGCGUGGUCCCCGUGGCUCUGGUGGCUGCCUCGAUUUCCGUUCUCGUCCCGGUCUGUCCCCGCCUCGCCUCCCUUUCCCGUGUAAUCAGUGAGCUGUGGAUGUGAUGUUCUUGGUUUUCGUCCCUCGUCCCUCCCUCCUCCUCCUCCCCACCUCGUGUGCUGCUGAUGCUGCUAUUGCUCUGUAGGGUGAGGUGGCUGAGCUCUGGGGACCCUCCCCCGAACCCCAGGGGUUCUCGAGCCGGGCCGGGGUGGGGGCUGCCCGAACACGGGGGGGCGGGAAGCAGGUGGCUCGGUGGGCCAGAGGCGCGGAGGAGCCGGGGGGGCCCCGCCGUCCGAGGGUGCCCCCUCUUUUCCUCAGCCCACACUACAGUCUGAUCGAUCCAUCUGAGGUCACUGUGAUUUGUUACAGUAGGAACUAUUUAAGACAAUUCUCUACUAAUAAUAAACCAAAUGAAAGCGAAACCAGGAGGAUUCCCGUGGGGCUUUGUUGCUGAUCUCUUCUUCUCCCCACCCCCAACCCCUGACAUCGGCUUUGGUGGAAGAGCCUAGAACGCCAGAGGGACCCGUGUGGUUCCAGUGGGCCCGGCCCUGGCCCCUUCUCUCUCUCUCCUCGGGGGCUCUAGGUCCCCGGCUGCGAGGGGAGCGGCUCCAAAGCCCCCAAGCACCUCCAGCCUUCCCUCUGCUCAGCUCUGUGGACUUGUAACUGGUGGACGUGUGUGCAUGUGUGUAUCUGCAUGCUCAGUCCGUGUGCGUGUGUGUCUCUUAGUGCCCUGCCCUUCCCCCGCUCCGAGCUUGAGGACUGGCCUCGUCCCCGGCCCCGCGGCCAGAAGAUUGUGGCCGACGGGAGCUGAGGCUGCAGUGACGCCCCUGCCCCUGCCCCUGCUGCCAGCUCUGCCCAGGCCGAGCUUCCUUCUGGGCCCAGAAGGCCCAGGGAUCCCCUCAGAAACUGGCGUGCUGGCCUGGUCCCCGGCCUCUCCUCCUGCUCCUCCCCGGCCCUCUUGCCCCUCUCUGGUUUACCUUUGAUGCUUUGGACUGAGCCUGGGGAACAGCCCCCUUAGCAUCCUGCCUCAGUUUCUCCCUGAGGGUGGCUCUCAGGCAUUCCCCCAGCGGGGAAAGGGAAAGAGACGCCCGUACUCGGGCCUUGUCCCCCCAACCCUGGCUCCCAGAGGAGGGGGCUUAGGCCGGGAGGAGGGGCCUGCUCCCCGGGCCCUCCCUACUAGUGAGUCUGCCUUUGGGGACAGCUUGGUUUCUCCUCUCUUUUCACAUAGUUAUUACAAGUGACCUUGUGUAAAACACAUGCGCGUACAUGUACACUCAGAUACCCAUUUAGGCACAUAUAUAUUCAUAUAUAGACACAUGUACUCGUUGCCUUCAUGGGGGCUGUUUGGCAAGUAUCCUGACGGUGGAGUCGGGCCCUGGGCUUUCCAGGAGUGUUUGGGACCAAGUUGAAGCUGUCCUGGGGAGGAGGAGGAGGAGGAGCACCGUGAGGAGGCCGGGGGCGCCUGAAGCUCCCAGAUUCCUAUGUUAUGUCCGCAGUGCCGGUGUGGAGGCCGGGUGGGCUGGGUGGGCUGGGUGGGCCGGCCUGGCUGUCGGGCCAGCAGAGGGGCCGCGGGAAACCUUAGAGCCUAGAGUGGAUUCUGCCUGGAACUAAACCCGGCCUUGCCUCCAAACCCCCUUCCAGUUUGUGCUGGGAGGUUUGGGGCGUCGGGGUUCCUUCUGCUUUGUGGAUUUCCCUUUGGGGAGCUGUCCCGGGCAGGUCAUUCCCUUGGGUCCCCGGCCUGGCGAGAAGGGCUGACCUACAUGCUAACACCAGCCAUUAGUCACCCUCCACUUCCUCCUCCAGCUGCAGCCAUCCCCUCCUGGCCUCCUGUCCACAUCACGGAGCCAUAAGCUCUACUUGGUCCACCCGGAUCCGCCUUGGGGUGGGGCGGGGCAGGGUGUGGAGGCCCAGGUGGCUGUGUGGAGAGAAUGAUCUGCUGUCAGUCCUGUCCUUGUCGUCUUCCCAUCCCUCCCCUCUCCUCUUUGCUUUCCUCCCCUCCCCUCCUCUCCCUUGUGCUCCCCUCCCACUCCCACCUUCCUCUCCCUUCAUCCUCCUCCGUGGCCAGACAAGAGUGGAAUCGAAAUUGUGCCUCCCCCCACUCUCUGGGGACUGCCCCGAUACCUCAUCCAACCCCCAAGGCACCUGGGACAGGGGGAGGGGGUCUGUCGUGCUGUGUCUAGAGUGGCUCCUUGGGCGUUGCUGUUGUGCUGUCUUGUUCUCUGGUGACCGCCAUGAUGCUGUAACAUUGGGGGCCGCUGUCCCUCUGCGUCCCAGCCUCCUCCUGGGGAGCGCCUCCUUCAGCAGCCGCCGGGACCAGGCCCAGCCCCGGCCCUCCCCGCCCUCGGGAUACCGAGCCCUGCCUCUCUCCCCAAACCUCCUAACUUGGGACACACACACACAUACACACCCACAGCCACUCACACAUCUUACCUCUCAUGCUUAUUUUAUUUUUUUAUGUUCUCUAAGUGACUCGCUGGCUGGGAGUCUUUACCUCGAAGGGCUCGGGUCCUCAGGUGGGCGGGGUGAGCACAGUGGGGUGCUGUGGGGGCCGCACUUGGGCCCUGCCCUCUCCAGGAUGAGCCCCCGGCCCUCCUCAGGGAGGUGGCCCUUGUUUACAGUGAGGACUCAGUUGCUGUCUCUGUUUCCGGAAAUCUGAAGCCUCAAGACCCCGGACUGUAGAGAUUUUUAUGUGUUUGGAUACAUCUGCUGUGUGAAAAAAAAAAAAAAAAAAACCCUACAAAAACCCUAAUUUUGUACAUAUUGUAUUUUUACUAUUGAGCUGUAUUCUAGUGGCUGUUCACGCUCUAAGACUUUAGGUAUCGGGACAUGAAUAUUCUCCAUGUAAAAGCACUUGCCUGGAAUAAAACAUUGAAACAAAUAAACCUGCACUGAAAUGUGA